GUGUGUGUGUGUGUGUGAAAAAGUAAAAAAAAAAAAAGACCAACUUUCCUGUUAGAUAAAAUAAAGCCGAUUAAGCUUUCUGCACAACUAGCAUUCAAAGAAAUAUAGUUGCCACCUUACAGGGCUGAUGAUGAUGAGCUAACGGCUAGGCUGGGCCUGGCCAAGGCAGCCAGAGAUGGUGUUUUGUAAUGAAAAGUAGUGUGGGCUGCAGGAGCAGAAUCUCUUGCCCUCCAGACAGAACCUUACAUUAACAGGAGCAGGCACCGGUUACCAAAAAUACAUCUUUAUUAGCACAAUUUCCACAAUAAAACUCCUCCAUAAAAUCCCACUUCUGUCCCUGCUGGCACUCUCUCGCCCAGUCACCCUUCCCUCCCCUGUUUGCAUAAAACCAGCUGAUCAGCCAUAAAACAGUCAGGUACUUAGCUGGCCCAGGCGGUGCGACCCCCUCCCCGGGGUCCGAGCUUCCGACGCCCCGGGGAUUGACUUCCGUGGACGGCGGGUAGAUCCUGCGGCUUGCGUCCGUCUGCCAGGUCUCUCUGCGGCAGAUGUCGGUGUGGCCUCGACACCCAGCUACUCCCGCCCUAACUACCUAAAGGCAAUUGGCCCCCCCCCCUGGCGCUGGAACACUACCCCCUACUCGGCUGUCUUCAUCGCCGGCAGCCCUAAUCGACUGCGAGCAAUCCCACCCCCCCAACUCAGGGUGCUACAAUGACAGGUCGGCCACACACACCCCUUCCUGCAAAUCUGCCACCUUUUAUCACUUCCGGCCUCAUCAUGCCGAACGAGCACCAGCUGGUCUUCAGUAACCACGCCCCCCAAAGUCAAGUAACAACUUCUGCCCUUACAGUUUCAUUAAUCUACAUAAUCUACUUCACGUUACAUGUUUGUUUUGUUUUUUUACUACAAGUGUAAAUAACCAUCAACAAGAGCAUAAUGGAGCAUCCUAUAUUUGUGAAUAUAUAGUCUGGACAUGGCCCAUUGACGGCUCUCAGUCAUGGGGCAGGAUCUACAGUAGUCUUUCAAACUGUCUCCGCCUGCUAUUGGAUGACAAACAACAACAACAGGCUCUUUGGUGUUUGGCCGUUGGGGUUGCCACGAGCUGAAACCAUAUAUAUACACAACCCCAGUCAGGAAGUUCCUGUGACGCUGCUGUCCAUGUUUACAUCCAGCAGGCAUUUUUACAUACCUUCCUUUCACAGAAGAGUAAUCCCACCGAAAGGGAAGGCGUCUUUUAAAUUAAUUUUCCUCCCGUCUGAGGAGGGCGAUGUAGAAAAUACAUUAUUUAUAAACACAUCAGUCCAUGGGCUGCUCUCGUACCAGGUUUUUGGUGUGGGAGGUCACACAGCAUCUUUAAAAUCUCCUCAUAAAAAGGAGAGUCUGCUAAUAUUCCCUCACAUCCAGAGCAUUAAGCUGACCCAAACUCAGGAAGGUGCCUCCAACAUCACUAUUCUGGGUUUACUCCUGGAAUGCAGCUUACUGAAGAGUUUGCAGAGCCAUCCUCAGGGGUCCUGCCUCCAGAACCAGGAGCGCCUCAGUCUGCAGAUGAAUCUGUCGGCUCGCGAUGAUCAGCCGGCCGACUUGGACAAGCUUAAGCCCUACGUCAUUGAGCACAUUUUGUUUGUGCUGGUUGUUCCUCCUCCUGCUACAUUAGGAGAUGCAAAACUAGAGGUUUAUAUGAUCAAUUCUGGAGGAAAGAAGCUCUAUAUCAAGGACAUGCAGAUGUUAAUGAAAGUGGAGGCCAGCCUAAACUUUAAUCAGGUUCUUCUGAAACCAGAGGCAAAAAACUUCACUCAGGUGGCGACCUUAGCGUGCAGAAGUUCGUUGCCAGGCCACGGACAGAAAUGCACGAGUCAUAUCAGUUUAAAGAUCCUGGGGAACAGGACGACCUACAGCUUCCCUGGACUAUAUAUCAAACACAGUUGGACGAUGGGGGAUUUGUCCAGCUUGUUUCAGGUGAAACAGAGCAACACCAACCAGGUGGACCUGUGGUUCUCCAACCCUCACCCCCUCCCCUUCACUGUGCUCAGCGCCAGCCUGUCAGAGAAUUUACAGGCAGUAGCGAAGGUCCUGAGUUUCAGCAGCCCACUGCGAGUUGGCCAUGGCUGCUGGCGUAUCUUGUCCCUCCAGCUGCUCAGCAGGGCUCUGCCCGUUAAACAGACGUUGACCCUGAGUCUGGAUACCAGCCUGGGCACCACGCUGCACGUUCCUCUCUACUUCCACUCUUCUUCUUCUUCCAAGGGUGAGCUGGUGUUUGAAACUGAACAAGAAUGUGAUCGCCACUGUCCUCUUUGGUUGUCUGAAUCAGGUCGCUCAGAAUGGCAGCGCUCUCUUCUUCCGGACUUUUCCACCUCAUCUUGGGCUGUCGACAGCAAACUGGCUGCAGAGCUCUGCUCCAGAUGGCAAAGAACCAAAGAUAAACUGCCCUGCAGGUGGCCCAGACUUCCUGCCGACGCGUCUUCUACUCUGACCUUUGGUGCUACUUCUGUUAACGAAAGCAAAGUGAAGACAUUCACGCUGAAGAACCCCUCACCAUCUGUGGUUGCCAUAGAGAUCAGAAUCCUCUCUUUGUACCCCUCUCCCCUUGAGGCUCUGGACCUUCUGACCAAAUGGUUUAAUAUCAGCUCUCUGUCUGUCAACAUCAGCACAACAGAGUUUUCUCUGUUAGCGUCCCCUCACAAGGCAGGCGAAAGUGCAGCGUCCUCUAGAGGAGAGGGCGUCCUGCGUUUGCUGCUGCAACCCUGGGAGAGCAGAGCGGUUUCUGUGGUGUUCACACCCUCAGAACAUAAACCCAUCACUACUAUUCUCAUCAUCAGGAACAACCUGACGGUGUUUGACAUGGUGACUCUCCAAGGUCACGGUGCCAAAGAGCUGCUGAGAGUUGGGGGGAAGCUUCCAGGCCCGGGAGCGUCUCUGCGCUUCAACGUUCCUCAGUCGACUCUGAUGGAGUGUCGUGACGGCGUUCGCACCAGCAAGCCUCUGUUUGCUAUCAGAAAGAGUUUUAAGGUGGAGAACGCAGGAGAGCUUCCUCUGACAGUCAUGUCCAUGAAUAUAAAUGGCUACAAGUGUCAGGGCUUCGGCUUCGAGGUGCUGCAGUGUCACUCCUUCAGCAUCGAGCACAACUCCUCGUCGGAGAUCACCAUCGCGUUUACUCCAGACUUCACCUCCUCCUGGGUGAUUCGGGACCUCACCUUGGUGACAUCACGAGGCACAGCGUUCCCUUUUACCCUGAACGUGACCCUCCCCCACCACAUGUUACCCCUCUGUGCUCAGGUGGUCCCUGGUCCCAGCUGGGAGGAAACCUUCUGGGUCGUCACCCUCAUAUUUACAUGCUUCUCCUUGGUCGGUGUGUUUCUGAUGGCCUUCCAUCAGGCUCAGUACAUCCUCCGGGAGUUCUCCUCCCCCAGCAUCAGGAGCAACCACAACUCUGUCCUGUCCCGGGACAACAGCUCUGUCAACAACAUCACACCCAAUGGAGUCAACAAAUCAAAAGGCAGCUGUAAAUCAUACAUGGAAACCUGUCACACGUCCGAUAAAGGUAAGGGGCGUGGCUCUUCAUCUCUAGCCAACAGCCCCGCCCCCCGCACGCAAGUCUUGAGAAAGGGAUCCUCGGCCGCCCCGGCCCAGCAGCAGCCAAAGAAACACAAAGUCUCUCUGUAUUACAACAAAUACAAACCCAGCUCAUCCACAGCUGCAGCUGUGAUCAUGGACGAAGAGCAGGAGGACCUGACACCUGAAAGCCCCCUCACCCCGGACCCCUGCAGCAACAACCAACCAGCUUUCAGUAGCGAUCUAGAGAAAAACGCACCCUCAGACUUUAAAGAAGACCUCCAGGGCACAGUUGAGGGCGAGAUGUCAGCAGCAGUUAUGUUUCCUAUGGAAAUGCCUGCUGGUUUCCCUGAUGAAGUCAUGCUGGGGCCAGGAUCCAGACCCGGCCUGCUGAUCUGCAGCUCUGUGGAGAGGAGCUGCGCCGAGCUCUAUGCAGACAAGAGGGAUGCUGAGAAAAGGGACGGCUCUGAGCUGGAGGUCCAGCUUAGAGAAGAUGGCAAAGACCAGAAAAAGAAAGCACUGAAUGCAGAAACUGGCACUUCAACAGGGAAUAAUAAGGGAAAGAGGAGUCGCAGGAAGACGGACAACAUCUCCAGCACUCCUGAACAUAACAGACCUGAGAGGGAGAAAGAGCCUGACUGGAAAAUGGUUGACCACGGCGUGACCGGAAACCGCGGCAGGAACAAUUGCUGCAACGGCUUCAAGUCAGAAGUUCUGAAGCCUGGACAAAGUGCAGAGAACGCCCUGAAACAGAACGGUGUGUGUCCAGCUCGCAUUCGUAGAAAGGUUGCAGUGGAGCGGCGAACGGGUGGAGUGUGUGAGUCCGGCUCGGACUCAGGCAGCUCAUCGGGUAGCGUUCGGGCGAGCAGAGGCAGCUGGGGCAGCUGGAGCAGCGCCAGCAGCAUAGAGGGAGACAAGGACCACGGUGCUCGAACACACACCUGCUCUACCUCGUCUAGAAAAAGAGAGUCGAUGCAGUACGGCAUCUACCCCUCAGAAAGAGACUGCUACCAGGCCGUGAAUAAUAAUUACAAGACUUCAAGCUUUUACAACAAAGAGGUGUGCCAGAUCCCAGAUGUCACACCUUCUGGUUCCGUCCCAAGUUUUGCUGAUGCAGCAGCAGGAAUGGACAGGAACACGGACCUGACGGGUCAGUACAUGCCUGAGGACACGUGGUCAGCACCGUCCAUCCCUCUCACCAAUGAGUUCAGAUACAAUACCACUGAAGCUUUGCCCUACAUACCUCAGCCAGCAGCAGUCGCCACGGCCUCUUACAAUGGGUUUCCUUGGAGCGGUGCCAGCAGUCAUUGCAACAGUCCGUGCAGCUACAUAGGUACCGGUAAUGGGUUGUUUCCAGGAGGUUUUCCCAAUCAAGAGGGUCACACCAGACACAGCAGUCAGACGAGCUGGACUGAGGAGCAGCCUCGGGAAUCUCCCUCCACCUGGAACACAGCAGCAUGCGUAGGCAGCAAGCCAUACUUCCCUGGGACCCGUAGCCUGUCUCCCAUGUCCAGUUUGUUUGGGUCCAUCUGGACUCCCCAGAGCCACUUCCCACCUGAACGAUCAGUCCCUGUGUCCCCCAUGUCCCCCAUCACCCCCAUCACCCCGCCCUUCAGCAGCCGGGAGCCCGAGGGGACCCACAGACCCAACCAGUACUCCAGCUUCAACCCGUUUGGGCCCCACAUGAACCUGGACAUUUGGAACUCUUCGUCCAACCGCAGCUCCAACUCUCAGCUCUCCAACGACUCCGGCUACUGUGGAGAUGUUUAAAAGAAAAAAAACAGAUCGGCAGACCUUAAAGAUAAAAAUAAAACACAAUGUUAAAGAAAGGAGAUAAAAAUGAAUGUUCUUUUAUCAUAUUGGGGAAAAUGUGAAUAUUUUUCUUUUAGUUUCCAAUUUUCAGAUGUUAAAUGUUGUGAGAGGUUGAGCAACUGUUGUAUAUUUUUCUAGAUGUUUUGCAGUUUUGAUCAUAAAAUAAAAAAGCAAGGUUUUGUACUUGAA